GCGAGCAGCGGCGCGAUGGCGGCGGUUGCAGUGUCCGAGGCCUGGCCUGAACUGGAGUUGGCGGAGCGGGAGAGGCGGCGGGAGCUGCUGCUGACCGGGCCGGGACUGGAGGAGCGGGUGCGGGCGGCGGGCGGGAGGCUGCCUCCGCGGCUCUUUACGCUGUCGCUCCUGCAUUACCUGGAGGUGAGCGGCUGCGGGAGCCUGCGCGAACCGGGUCCGGGUCUGGCGCAGGGCCUCCCGCAGCUGCACAGCCUCGUGCUCCGGCGCAACGCGCUGGGUCCCGGCCUGAGCCCCGAGCUCGGGCCGCUGCCCGCCCUGCGGGUGCUGGACUUAUCGGGCAAUGCGUUGGAGGCGCUGCCGCCAGGCCAGGGCCUCGGCCCCGCGGAGCCGCCGGGCCUGCCGCAGCUGCAGAGUCUCAACCUCAGCGGCAACCGGCUGCGCGAGCUGCCUGCCGACCUGGCGCGCUGCGCCCCGCGCCUGCAGACCCUCAACCUCACCGGGAACUGCCUGGACUCCUUCCCCGCCGCGCUUUUCCAACCCGGCGCUCUGCCCCUGCUCAGCGAACUGGCGGCUGCUGACAAUUGCCUCCGAGAGCUCAGCCCCGACAUCGCCCACCUGGCCUCGCUCAAGACGCUGGACCUCUCCAACAACCAGCUAAGUGAGAUCCCAGCUGCACUGGCCGACUGCCCGAAGCUCAAGGAAAUCCACUUCGAGGGGAACAAGCUGCGGGAUAAGCGCCUGGAGAAGAUGGUGCACGGCUGCCAGACCAAGUCCAUCCUGGAAUACCUGCGCGUCGGCGGCCGGGGUGGCGGGAAGGGCCGGGCCAAGGCCGAGGGCACCGAGAAGGAGGAGAGCCGGAAGAAGAAGAGGGAGAAGAAGCAGAGGAAGGAGGGUGGUGAGGGGGAGGAGAAGGAGCUGGAGGCUGCACACAGGCUGCUGCUCAGGGUCCUGCACAUCUCCGAGAACCCUGCGCCCCUGGUGGUGAACGUGCACCCUGAGGUCAGGGACGUACGGCCCUUCAUCGUGGGCACCAUUGUGAGGGGCAUGUACCUGAAAUCCGGAAAUGCACUCAAGCGCUUCCUCACUGCCCAGACCAAGCUCCACGAGGACCUUUGCGAGAAGAGAACAGCAGCGACCAUCGCCACUCACGACCUCAAGGCCAUCCGGGGUCCCCUGCUGUACGGGGCCCGGCCGCCACAGGACCUCAAGAUCGUCCCCUUGGGCCGGCGAGAGAUCAAGGCCAAGGACCUGGUGCGGCAGCUCCAGCUGGAGGCUGAGGAGCAGAGGAAGCAGAAGAAGAGGCAGAACGUCUCGGGCCUGCAUAGAUACCUUCACUUACUAGAUGGAAAAGACAACUACCCCUGUCUCGUGGACGCAGACGGCGACGUGAUCUCCUUCCCGCCCAUCACCAACAGUGACAAGACGAAGAUUAAAAAAACAACUACUGACUUGUUUUUGGAAGUCACGAGCGCUACGAGUCUGCAGAUGUGUAAAGAUAUCAUGGACGCCCUCAUUCUGAAAAUGGCAGAAAUCAACAAAUACACUUUAGAAAAUAAAGAGGAAGAAUCACUCUCAGAUACUGAAGCAGAUACAGUUUCUGGACAAUCUCCGGAUCUCAAAACUAACCAAAGUGCUGACAAAGGUGGGAAUUCCCCCCUGGUCGUAGAACAGGUCCGGGUGGUGGACAUGGAAGGGAGCCUGAAGGUGGUGUACCCUUCUAAGACAGACCUGGACAUCGCUGCCUCGCACGUAACUGUGAUCCGCUAACCAGCCAGGCCCCAGCUUUCAGUGCCAGCAGCUGCUUGUUGGAGAUUUCGCUGCUCGUGUGGCCUGUUUUACAGAGGUUUCUGUGUGGUGAUGUUAAAUUAUUCAUGACCUUUUCACUUCUGCAUUUUUGUAAGCCCCGUGUGCUUGUACCCUUCGCUCAGUCCUUCGGACGGUCCGUUGUUUCUGUGUUGUUGUGUGCCUAAACCGUCUUUCCAGUGCUGAAACGCCAAGCUAAUUGUACUGAUGUUUCUCAUGAAAUUAUUUUAAUGUAGGGAUUACCUGUUCAGGAUGCUAUGAAAUCAUGUAGACACAUGGCAGAGAACCCUCCUCACAGGAAAAUAGACUCUGACUGGUUUGUCUUACUCAGUUCUGGACUGGGAAGCUAAGCGACGUCGUCUUACUGAGGCUCUGAACUCUUUUUCUAUGAUACACACCCGUCUAGAUUUUACUGUGCCGGAAAUAUAGCUCUGAAACGAUGAAUGACAUUUACGUUUUCCAGCUUGGGGUAAACUGUUAUGUUUUUAUUUAAAAAAAAAAAAAAAGGAACAAGAAGGAAACUGUGACUUUAGCAUUGGCGAAGUCAGUUUCCCUGCUGUUGCUGUUCGAAUGCCCUGGGGGUGGAGAUGUGUGGGACCCUGUGGGUAUGCAGCUCCGCCAGUCUGAAUGCAGUGGCAAGUGUAAUGUGGGCUUGCUCCCCACUGCGGUCACUGGACUAGGAGAUGGUGACAAGGACAGUUCCAAGUGUAACUCUCACCCCACAGGUUUUUUUUAAGUUUUUUAAGCCCAAAACCAUAGAGUACAUGUGCCAGUCACGUGGUACUGCUAUAUUUUGUUGUAGAGAUGUCUUGUUUCCGGCUCUCCCAGGUCACAGGACGUCUGUGUCCAUGUAUAUCUGCACGUGGGGCACACGCACACACACCCCUCCCUGGAGCCAGGGUGUUCUGGGGUCACGGGAGACCCAGCCAGUGACACCCACUGGUGACUUUCCUGACCUUGCUGCCUUAAGAUCUGGCUUGAAUAUGACAAACUUGUGUUUUAAUGACAUUUGUUUGUCGUUCCAUGGUUUCUAACCUACAAAGGGUGAUUUUUGUAUUCUGUAAUAGAAUCCAGCCAGCCAGCUUGGUGAGACAUGGGCUGGGCCGCCUUGGCGGGCCUGGACUGGUGACACAGGUCACCUCCAAGCUUCUCUAUCUGUCCACUGGAAGUGACAGUCCUCCCUUUUUUCCCUCUUAGCCUACCAGACAUUGGUGUGUGUUGAUGGCUCUGGCUUGUCAUUUCAUGGCACUGCGGGGCAGUCCAGGCUGCUGGUGGCAAUAGCGUUCAUGGGGUCUACAUGUUCAUUCAGAGCCCAGUGGAGCCCAGAUGGCAUGGCUGCUGCUAUAGGCUGGGACUCUGCCCUGGCAGCUGGCCUGGGGUCAUGGGCAGGUCACUCCCUGAGGUAACUUUGGGUUAUCGUGGGAGAGGGGGAUCCUUUCUCUGCAGGGCCCAGUGCGGUGCGGGUAGGCUGCCCCUCCUGCCGCAUGCCCAGGACCGUGGGUUCCCUUGUACUGAUUGUAUCUGCCCUUGUUCCAAAGAACCUGCCAGCUCUUGAUCCCCUCCUUUCUGAUGCAGCUUGAUUAAGUGUGAGAUUUUGGAGAUGUGUUUAACUUAAAGCAGGAUGCCUCUUGGGCAUUCUCUGUCCACCUGAUCCUGAAAGGCCUCUAAAAAACCUUUAAUAAAAACAUUUCAUCCCUUUGU